ACCAUAAGUUCUCUUCAACUGUCCAGCCGGGAUGUGUAGUUUCGCGGAAUAAGCAAAAAGAAAAAAUUGGAGGACUCUGAGAAAAAAUUCCCUGACACUGCAGUUAAAAGACGUGAUCACAUUGGAGACUAAACUACCAUUUAACAGAAAAAGAAAGAUGGCUGGGAACUGGAGGGGAGAAGGGAAGCAAGACUUCCGUGGGCAACCUGGAAGGGUUUUCACAGCCAAACGACCAAUGCAGCACGAUGGGGAGCCCUUCCGGAUGGAGAUUCAGAGCGGCUGUACGGGACGCGUGAUUGGUCGUGGUGGCUCAAAGAUCCGAGAAAUUCAGGAUCAGUGCAAUGUUCACCUGCGCGUGGAUAAAACGACAAUGGAUUCGGGAGUUGUUGUGGUGGAGAUUCAAGGGGAUGCGUCUGGGAUUGAUAUGGCAAAGAGGAUGAUAAAUGAUGUUGUCAAUGAGCACAGCAAUCAACAGGAGAAUGGCCAGAGAAUGAGGCAGGAUCGGAAUUUUGGUGACAAUCGCCGUGAUCGUCCACAAAAGAGCUACUACAACGGUGGGUCAGACAGGCAGGCUCAAUUUCAAGAUGCCCCACAGAAUGCUCCCCAGCAGGACUUUCAGCUCAUUGACUGGAAUUCAGUGAAUGAGGCACAGGAUAAACUCCAGAAGGAGAAGCUGAAGACACUCCCGCCGCUCAUUAAGCAAUUCUACGAAGAGCAUCCCGAAGUCAGUAGUCUCACCUCGGACCAGAUUAUAGAAUUCCGGAAGAGUAACAACAACAUUAUGGUUGAUCGGACUUUUGCCAAAGAUUCCAGCGAUAAUGUUGACAUUCCGAAGCCAAUCUUCAAGUUUGAGCACUGUUUCUCCGCCUAUCCGGAUAUUAUGGAGGAGAUUAAGAAGCAGGGCUUCGAGAAGCCGUCUCCCAUCCAAUGUCAGGCUUGGCCAAUUCUCAUGAGUGGCGAAGAUCUCAUUGGGAUCGCUCAGACUGGGAGUGGCAAAACGCUGGCCUUUCUCCUGCCCGGUAUGAUUCACACUGAACUCCAGCCGAUUCCCCGGAGCGAACGGGGGGGUCCCAAUGUGCUGGUCAUGGCGCCCACGCGUGAACUUGCACUUCAGAUCCGUGAUGAAGUGGCAAAGUAUCACUUCCGCGGCAUGAAGUCCGUCUGCGUGUACGGUGGUGGGAGUACCAAGGAGCAAAUUCAGACAGUGGAGAGAGGUGUGGAGAUUGUCAUUGCCACACCGGGCAGAUUGAAUGAUUUGGUGGCCAGGGGUACCAUUGAUGUCAGCUCCAUCACUUACCUCGUUCUCGACGAAGCUGACCGGAUGCUGGACAUGGGCUUUGAACCGCAAAUUCGUAAGAUACUCCUGGACGUUCGCCCCGAUCGACAGACAAUCAUGACAAGCGCCACAUGGCCACCGGGAGUACGUCGUCUGGCACAGAGCUACAUGAAUAAUCCCAUUCAGGUCUACGUGGGCACAUUGGAUCUCGCUGCGGUGCAUUCAGUCAGUCAGAAUGUGGAGAUUGUAGAUGAGAAUGAGAAGUAUGAUAGAAUUCAGCAAUUUGUACAGGAUAUGACGCCAAAAGACAAGGCAAUUAUCUUUUGUGGCAAGAAAGCUCGCGCAGAUGAACUGGCCAGUGAGCUCUGUAUGGUUGGCUACAAUUGUCAAGUUAUUCACGGAGAUAGGGAGCAAGCGGAUCGCGAGAGAGCGGUUCAGGACAUCAAAUCGGGCUAUGUAAGGAUCCUCGUGGCGACCGAUGUUGCAUCUCGUGGACUUGAUAUUGAGGACAUUACGCAUGUCGUCAAUUAUGAUUUCCCCAAGAAUAUGGAGGAAUACGUCCAUCGUGUUGGGAGAACCGGUCGUGCAGGACGCACGGGUACCUCACUGUCCCUCCUAACGAGGAAGGAUUGGGGUUCAGCUGCAGAAUUGAUAAAGAUUCUCGAGGAAGCUGAUCAGGAUGUACCCGAUGAGCUACGCUCAAUGGCAGAUCGUUUUAGUGCAAUGAAGGAGCGCAGGGAUAAUGAGAGGGCUGCCGCCUAUGGUGGGGGUGGGGGUGGCGAUAGGAGGUCUCAAGGACGUCGUUACAACUAAACGACGAUGUAUUAAAAAAAAAAAGAAAUCUCAUGUGUUCCAUUUUCCGCAUUCGUGCGAAAAAUGUUCCAAAAAUUAAUUUAAACAUUAAGAUAUUUUUUUUCUAUAUUUUUUUCAUGAAAUUCUCUGAAUUUAUAUUUUUUCUUUAUACUACUUUCUAAAAAAGCCUGUGAUCCCCAAUGAAGGCACACAUGGUACAAAAAGAACUGAAUUAAUUAAUAAAAUGGCAAAUUAAAA